AUGUUUAUUCAUGAAGUUGAUUUAAAUUCAUAUGAUAUUUUAUUAUCAUUAAUAAAAGAUGAUAAUUUAACACAAAAAGUUAUAUCAAUUAGUCUUGAAAAACUUUUAAUAGUUGAACAAACAAUAAUUGCUAGUUCAUCAAUAAUAUCAUCAUCAGAUAAUAUUCUUAUUGAACUUGUUGAAGAAUUAUAUACACGUACAAAACAAUCAUCAACAUUAGCAUAUGAAGCUUUACUUUUAUUACGUCCUUUAUCAUUAUUACUUGCACACAUUAGUUUUUUUUUUCGUGCUUUAAUUAAUGCACGUUAUUCAGCUAAAGUUAAUGAAUGGACUUUAUUAUCAAUGACAAAUAUUGCACAAAGAAAAUCACUAUGUAUGGCUAUAUGGGGGUUUUUAUUGAUGCAAUUACGUUUUGGUGCUCGUUUCGAAGAAUCAGACAACCGUUUAUUUCUUAUUGCUGAUCCAAAAAUAAUAUCUGCAGGUAUAUUAAAAGAAAACUUGCAAAUAUCAAUUGUAUCAACAAAAAAGCAAAAAAUCUAUUUUAUUUAUUUUAGUUAA